AUGAUCUGCCGGGCCUGUCUGCGCGCCCGGAGCACCCGGACCCUCCUCUCCUCCGAAGCUCUUCGCGGACCACGAGCAGGAGGAAUGCGGGCGACGCAGAGACUGUCACUCUCGACAACCACCCCGAGUCUACGGCCGGUGACGGUGACAUCUCGAUUUUUUCGGGCCCAGCUUCCCCAACAACUCACCAGAUGCCAGCCCUUUUCUACGUCGACCCCCCUUGCCUCCGCCGCGGCACAACCACAAGAACAUGUCGCCGUUUCCACGAGCACCCCAGAAAAGCCGACAUACCUCUCCGAAGGGGAGUCUCAAAUCUGGGAUAUACUGCUGGCAGAGUUUACGCCCACGGAACUCGUGGUGCAAGACAUCUCCGGGGGCUGCGGGUCCAUGUACGGUAUUGAGGUCUGCUCCGAGAAGUUCCGCGGCUUAAACAUGCUCAAACAGCAGCGGCUAGUCAAUGCCGCGCUAGGGGACUUGUUGAAGGAGUGGCAUGGUGUUCAGCUAAAGACGAGGGUGCCUCGGGGGCUAAUCGCCUGUGCUGCCGCCCACGCGAUGCUCACAUGGCCCGCCGGCUGGACUUGUCAUUUCGGUUCCCACCAGACGGCGCUGGCGUACCCAGCGCAGGAGGUUCCACGGACGAUGCCAGCCGUCAAGGGCCUCGAGAAGCCCCUUGGCGCCACAACGAUGUCAAUCUUCUUGGGACAAUCCCCGAAUGCCCUUGACGACAAAAAGCCCGGAACUUUCGACCUGAUUCGUGCAAUCCGCAGCGCUCGGGCACGGCUCAGCACGGGAAGUCGUUCCCGAAGCCAAGGGCAGGGGCUGCGAUCUGGGCUUUCGACCAAUAACCACCAAUUUAACGCCCGUGAAGCGGGGUUUGGUGUCAUCGGCCAGCUCGAAGAGAGAUACGCCCAUGGUAGCAACUUCGCCAGUGACGACGAAUUGCAUUUACAAGCCAGACCACCAACAUUAAGUACGGUAGUCACGGUCAGUCAGUCAAUCACCACCCUCCGGCAAGUUGCAAGCGGCAAGCGGCAAGCCGCAGCCAUCAUCACCAUGACCCCGCGCAAAGGCUCCGCCGUCUCCUCUUCCCCGACUGGCUGGUCGCACACGCCGUCCACGGCGACGCUCCUCUGGAUGGGCGUGUCGCUGCCGCUCGUCGCGUGGGACACGGUCUACAUGCUACUGCGGCCGCACACGAUGCCCGGCGGCUCGCUGCACGAACCGUUGUGGGUGCCCUACGCGCUGUACGGCGAGGUUGACCACAUGUACGGCGCCAAGCAGUGGGACGCCCGCAACCCCUUCGCCGCCACCCAGAGCCUGCUGAAUCUCGCCGAGUCCCUGCUGUACCUGGCCUACCUGGGGCUGUGGUAUGCCUACGGCGCGGCGCCGGCCCCCGGGGCGCGCCGCGCGGUCGGUGGGCGGGUCGGCGCCCUCGCCGUGUUGCUGGGAUUUAGCGCUGCGGUUAUGACGGUUAGCAAGACGGUGUUGUAUUGGCUACUUGAAUACUGCUCUGGGUUCGACAAUAUCGGCCAGAACGACGCCUGGACGCUCUUGUUUCUGUGGAUCAUCCCAAAUGGUGCUUGGAUCGUUGCCCCUCUCGUUUUCAUGGUCUUCGGCAUGGGGGAAGAAAUCAUCACAGGGUUGACGCAAGGAACAAGUUCGGGAAAGAAGCAAAAUUGA